AUGUCACUCGACAAUGACAUUAACACCAAAAAAAGGAAGCUCCAGGAUGACGAAAAGCCGCGUAAGAAGCGGAAGCAUAAACGCCCCACGCGGGAUGACGAUGCCGACCUGGAUGUUGAAGCUGGCUUGAACAGGGCUUUUGCCCGUAUGGAUGGUCAGCUGCUAGCUGAUCACCUGGCUCAAAAGACACGUCGCUUUGGUACAGAACUUAGUUCCGUGGAGCUCAAUGACUUGGACAGUUCAUCAUUUGAAAAGGACCGGACGCUGGAAAACCUGCCGAGUUUCCUGGAGAAAUUCGCACAAGAGAAGGAGAAGCUGGAUGAGGCUCCCAAGAAGAACGGAUCACCUCACACCCUUAUCGUUGCUGCCGCCGGGCUUCGGGCCGCUGACUUGGUGAGGGCAUGUAGGAAGUUCCAGAAGAAGGGCAGCCCGGUUGCGAAGCUGUUUGCCAAGCACUUCAAAUUGGAAGAGCAGGUCGCUUUCCUCAAUAAGACCCGCACUGGCAUUGCGGUCGGCACACCCCAGCGGUUGAUCGAUUUGAUCGAGCAUGGUGCCCUUUCUGUUGAGAAUCUUCGGCGGAUCGUGGUUGAUGCAUCCCACAUCGAUCAGAAGAAGCGGAACAUUACGGACAUGAGAGAAACCAUGAUGCCGCUGGCCAAGUUGUUAGCGCGGGCUGACUUCAAAGAGAGGUAUACUGACGAGAAGAAGCAUAUUGAUCUGUUGUUCUACUGA